AGUAUUUGCUUCGUCUCGUAGUGUCAUAUUCCGUAGCCGUUCGGAUUCUGAUUGAGUAGAAGAAUUGACGAUGUGACUGACCAGUGACACCAAUCGAAGUUAUCAUGCCGUCUUUGUUUGGUGCCGGUGACAACCUUCAAGGCUGUGCUCAUCUUUUCGAAAAACCUUUUUCUUCCGGCUGUUCGGACGUGGAUGGCUACCAUGUCUGUGUGAGUAUUGACGCCGGGCGCGGGAGAGCUGCGCCAGCUGCACCGGCAUCUACUUUCGGAUUUGGUCACGGACAGAGCCAAAAGCACGCACUCUACUCCGCCUUUCUAGAGUCGGAUCCUACAACACCGACGAGUAGUUGCAAGACACGGGCAUCAUCUGGGACGACGAGGCCGCACACUGCUGUUUUCGCGGCUGAUCAUGCCGCUUCUGGCGUUCUUGGGGCGAAAAGUACAGGGAGGAACAACUGCAAAAAUCUCGCGACGACGUCUCUCAACUCGACAGCUGCAGUGUGUUCGUCCCCAACGAGAAAUCGCGGACCGAUGUUCUUUUCGUCGCCAGGACGACAGCGAAGUAGUAGCUUCCUGGAUCGGCCUCGGCGCCCGAACAGCGCGGCAGGACAACAUCGGGAACAAGUGCCUGCAAAAUUUGGGUAUGCGAAAAACAGGAAAAAACCGAUGUACUCUCCAAACAUCAUGAGUGACAAGUACCUGCAACUGCAGUUGCAAAAACUGAACCAGAAAGAGGCAGAAACGAAGCAUGCAGCUGCAGCCAAAAAUGGUGCUGGGGUAGGAGCAGGCGCUGCAGCGUCUUCAGUUGGAAAAAGUAGUCACGACCUUUCCUCGUCAAGCAUCAAACUACCUUCCGGAGAAAUUAGUACAACAGCAGCGAACAAAAGAGGGCGUAAUUAUAGGGGUCAUGAUCUACCAGAACCGCGGGCCCACGAAGACGAAGAUGAAAUAAAUCGUCCCCAUAAUAAAAACAAGCCGCAGCCAGGUCCAGCGCCAGGUGGGUCUUCGCCGUCUCACAACACCGCUUUUCCCUGGUUUUGGAUGAGUUCGUCGGAAAAAGCCGCCAAGCGGCGGCGGAAGAUCCAAGCGAAAGAGGACGUGAUUCGAACGGCCACCUUAUCGAAAGGAAAGAUCCCCCCUCCCCAUAUCAAAACGGAACUUCUGAUGCUGGAUUUGUGUACACAAAUCAGGUUUGUAUUGCAGAGAGGCACUGCGGCCAGAUCCCCAGGCUAGGUCGGGGCGUAUGGGUCUAGUUGUUCAGCAUGUUGGCAAGCGGGUCACUUUUAGGGCCAACAGCAUGACUAAUCGCUUCCAUGGUGGGGCGGAAGCUUCUGCCCUUGUCUUCUUGCAAGACGAAUGCGAUUUGUGACCUCAAAUCAGCAACCCAAAUUUUCGGAAACAUGCCUUUUCGAUAUGGGGAGGGGGGAUUUUUACUUUUGAUACACGCAAGACUUUCGCGCCAAGCGCUGCUUCUUGGCGAAGCUGAAAGAUUUUGACAAGACUUUAAGAAGGAAGGUGCCCUACGAUAUUGCGAAAAUGGUGGAGCAACAGUAUCAGAUCGACUGCCGCGAGGAAUUCCCGGUAGACGUCUGGCCGGACGACCCCGACGGCAGGGUCGCCGAAUGCAAAACGAGGGCCCUGCAGCGGCUGGAAAACAAGAGCAAGUGGAUACCGUUUCCCACCGCGAGUGCGACGUACCGAAAACUCGACCAGUGCGAGUACAGGGUGCAGCCCACAUCUUGGGAAACAUUCAAGCAGAUAUGCAUUGCAAAAGUAUCCUACUAGUAUAAAUCGCAAUACAAUUUUUUCCAGAAGGAAAAAUGGAAUUUGUAAUGCUGAUUUCGCUAAGAAACAGGAUUUGUCAUGCAUGAUUGCAAUUACUACGACUGCGAUACUUUUGCACAGGAUAGCAGAAGAUGAGCUGGAACAAAUACCUGUUCAAGGACACUGUACGCCGAAAGAUCGAGGUAUGGAACUGUCAGAAGUGAAAUUGACAAAGUUGAAAUAGUUUGUCAUGCAUAAAACCGAUACAUACCAAUUGGGCCGACAUCAGUUUCUAGUCGGUGCAUGACAAAUUUUGUCCGUACCGGAGGCCAGGUUGUCAUGCUGGUUACGGCGAAGGGGCUUCCCUCUGUGAUCCUGAUUAGCAGCCCAAUUCUCGACCCUUACCAGCACUAUAAUCUGGCUCCCUUGCAUCCUCUGCAAUAGAGGCAGUUACUGCGUUGCAUUCCAUGCAUGACGAACUAUUUCAACUUUGACGAUUUCGAUCCUGACACCUCCAUACGAGGAGCUGAAGAAGCUUCCGCGGAAGGUGAAAGACGCGACGAGUCGCGCGAUGAUGUCGACGCGGGACUUCUUGAUCUCAAAAACGAAACAAGCCGGGCGUGGCGCCCUGGAUUUUACGAAGAAGCAGCUGGCGCGCACGGGGUCCGCGAUCAAGGCCGGCGCGAGUGCAGCCUACGCGGGAUCGAAGGCCCGGGCACUGAAGGUCGCAAAGGAGGGCAAAAAGACGCUCGACGCAAUGGUCACCGGGCUCGAGGAAACGGGCACGGCGAAAAAGGAGUCCUUACCCCCCGAUGACAUCGCGGUGCUCACGAUGGCGCCACGCACGUCCCACACCGACCACUUUCUCACCUUCGAUCGCAUGGUCGGCCAGGGGCCCAUGGGCCUGCGCGGCUACCACCAGUACUUUGCCGAGCCCGUGCAUCAAGGUAAAGACACGGGGAUCUUUCUGUGACAACUGUGAGCAGGCUUUGAAAAAACUGUAUGUAUUCUGAACAAGUGAGGACAAUUUCAUAUCUGAAGAACAGGACUUCAAUGAAUGACCAAUGUUGACCGUCCGCGGCACACGAUGGAUGAGCUCAGUACGUACUACCUUCAACCUGUCUUCAAUGAUCGGUGACAGAGA